GUGGUUACAUUUAUAAAACUAUAAGGUUGGUUAGGCCGCGGUGUAAACUAUUCAUGCAACUAUCGGCGCCAGCUAUCAUUCCGGUAGAGGUCGGGUCAGACAUUUUGCAGGUUUUACAAAGAAUGACAUUGAUGGGGACCAACAAUCUGCAUCAUUGGUUGCUGAAAUCUCUGCCAAUGUGUGAUCUAUGUGGGGAUCAUGAAAAGAAGAUCAAUGAAAGUCCAAUGUCCCUGGGUUCAGGAAAUGGUUUCAUGGAGGCCAUUGUCGUUGGUUCUAUAGAGAAAUUUGAAAUUCUGGUUUUGGAGGGCUUGAGAAUCCAAAUGGGUAGAAAAGAAAGAGCUAAGAAGGGGGUUUGGGAGAAGAGAUAUCAGGAGAAAUCAAGGGAAUGUGUUGUUGUUGUGAUGCUAAUACAAAUGAGAGAUGCAGAGAAAGAAAAUGAAGCUUUUGGGGAGAUCAUGAUUGGACUAGUUGAAGCAUCUACUAGGCAGGCAGAAGGAAGUGGGAUUGUCAUUGAAGGGGUCCAUGUUGCAGGGAUGGGUUGUGGUGGAUUUAAGGAGGAUAACAGAAGAGGAUUCAAGGGUGGAGAGGACUAUCUGUGGAGUGUAUCUGUAAGGGGUUGUGAAGGAAGAUGCAGUAAUAUGAGCCAUUGGGACUGUGUGAGGAACCCUGAUGUUGCUUUUGCUUCUUGAAAAUAGUAAAAUAAUUGGCUU